GAAUUGGUCUGGAAACUUCCCCGGGGAUAAAAGCCAGUUGUUUCGUCUCCCCGUCACUGCACUCAACAGGACUAACUCUGACUCGGCGCUCCACACCAGCGUGAUGAACCCCCCCCAAGGAGACCCCUUCUCCACAGGGGGGCCCCUCCAGAGCAGCAGACGCUCAGGGCAGAGCGAUGGAGAGGGCAGACGAAUGUUUCCGUACCCGGUGCCCCCCAUCGAAGAGAACAUGCUGGAUGAGGGGAAGCUGCUCAAGCCCUGGGACACCAAGAAGUUGCCACUGUUGUCGUCCCGGCCAAAAUCCUGUGAAGUCCCUGGCAUCAACAUCUUCUCGUCUCCGGAGCAGCCGCCCCCCCCCCCAGGGCACGGCGUCCCGGCGUCUCUGAACACCGGCGGCUCGCUGCCCGAUCUCUCCAGCCUCCACUUCCCGUCGCCGCUGCCCACGCCGCUGGACCAGGACGAGCCCUGCUACCCAGGAUGCACCUCUCUGAGCGGGGGCAGCAGCACGGGGAACCUGGCCUCCACCCUCACGCAGCUGGGCAUCAACGCCGCCAACGCUCAGGGCGGAAACGCCAACUUCCACCACCACACGCCAGGUCUGAUGGCGUCUCUGCAGACGACGCUUAGCAACCCCUCCCUGCAGUCAUCGCUAAGCAACCCCAACAUCCAGUCGUCGCUCAGCAACCACUCCUUCUCCAACUCUCUGAGCUCCGCCUCCCUGCACUCGUCGCUCAGCAACCCCUCGCUGCAGUCCUCGUUAAGCUCCUCCCCCUCGCUGCAGUCCUCCCUCAGCAGCCAAUCGCUGCACUCCUCCCUCAGUAGCUCCUCCCUGCAGUCGGUGUCCAGCGGUAACCCCGGAUACGGCGGCGGAGGCUCCUCCUCUUUCUCGCCGUCGCUAAGCACAUCGCCACGGAGACGGGUGCAGCUCUCCCCCCUCAUCCUGCCCCUGGGGGGGGACUCCCGGAGGCAUCACUCCAAGCAGUUCUCCCCCACCAUCUCCCCCACGCUGUCCUCCAUCACACAGGGCGUCCCUCUGGACACCAGCAGACUUCCUCUGGACCAGCGGCUCCCUCCAUACCCGCUCAGCCAGUCCCAGCAGCACCAGCAGGGCUCCCAGCAGCACCAGUCCCACCCUCAGGGCUCCCAGCAGCACCAGCAGCACCAGCAGGGCUCCCAGCAGCACCAGCAGCAGCAGCAGCAGCAGGGCUCUCAGCAGCACCAGCAGCACCAGCAGGGCUCCCAGCAGCACCAGCAGCAGCAUCAGCUCCACCUUCAGAAUCUCCGCAACUCUCACAACCAGCAGCUGCAGCACUUCAGCUCAGCAGAGCAGCAGCAGCAGAGGGCGAUGGGGCAGCAGAUGAACUCGGGGAACGCUCAGCUGAUAAAGAACGAGCGGCCGAUGGACCCGUGUCUUCAGGUCUCUCAGCGUCACGUCAAACAGGAAGUGGAGCAGCAGAGAGCCGGCGGCCCCCCCCACCUCCAGCAGAUCAGCCACAGCCUCGCCACCGACCUCUACAACGAUGCCUUGUUCAACUCUCUGCUGGACGACCCCUAUCUGAGUCUGCAGCUCACGGGCAAAUCCAACCAGCAGUUUUCCGCAGAGAGCCAGGGCGACUGUCUCUCUCUGAACCACGCUCUGAGCUCCGAUAAGAACCAGUUCCCCUGCAACAGCCAGGGGCCUCUGGACCUGCAGGACCCCCAGAACCAGAACUACUGCGGGGGGGACGGCCACCACAACGUGCCCAACAUCAUCCUCACCGGAGACUCCCCCCCUGGCCUCUCUAAAGAGAUCACCAGUGCUCUGUCUCACGUCCCGGGCUUCGAGAUGGACCCCUUCUCUCUGGACGACCCGCUCCGGAUGGACCCUCUGGCUCUGGACAUGCUGGACGGGGAUCUGAUGCUGGCCGACCCCGCCGUGGAGGACUCCUUCAGAUCCGACCGCUUCAAGUGAAGAGGAGGAAACCCACGAGAGACGUCAAACCUCCGAGGACAUUUCUCUCCUGGACCAUCAAAGGCACUUAACUCAAAAAAGCUCUCGCAACGCUUGAAGUCAAGAAAAACCUGUUGCUGUGUCUCGAUUCGCGUUCUUCUGUUCGUCUUACACCAGCUGUUUAGUGCGUCCCAAUGCGAAGUACAGCAAAAUGCACUGAGAGUACCGGAUAGAGCUGGUCACAUGUCACGCUCAACGACAACCGCCAUCUUGGCUACGUAGCUGAAGCUAAGCCGCGAAUGCUCCGGUGAACAAAGCACUGUACAAAAAAACAUACGAUAUGACUUCACUAUUCAAAAACAUACUACAAUACUGUGGUCAAACAAAGAAGCAAUCCCUAAUUUGGGUUAAUACGGGGUGAAGGAAUAAGUCCUCACAUACAGACAUGAGUCAGCAUUUUAGCACUUCCUGUCCCCUUAUCUGGAAGUCAAUGGUUUUAUUGAAUUAGUUUUUGGUAAGAUGCCUGAAUAAGAGCGUAAUGUACCACUAUACUCGUGUCCAAAGCCCCGAUCAUUAUCUGGGUUUAACUCAGCAGCCUGUAAGGAUCUGGCAGCUCAAACAAUCGUUGCUAACUAGCUAGCUUGCUAAUAACAGCGUUCUGAAGGAAGUAUCCGGAUUGAGACACAGCGCUUCUCUUAUUGUUUACGGCAUUAGCUUGUAUGAUCUGCAUGUCAAUGGAAAAUGCAAAAAACAUGUCGGCUUUAUGUAAAGAAAAACAAAGUCUGUAAAACCAGCAGUGCUUGUAAGAUCGAGAAAAGAAAAUAUGCAUCGUGAUGAUCGGUCCGACUGUUGCAGGGACGUGUGCGCCGUCAGGUUCAGCUUCCUCCGCUUUAUCCGCCACUUUGACAGGAACUCAGCCAUGACUCAGAGGUCUGUAUAUUUUUUUAAUGAAAGCUUUCCUUGCUCCGACAGUCCUCAGAACAAAGGAGGGUACGGUCGGUCGGUGGAGAGCAGGUUAAAGGUGUGUUCAGUGUAAAGCCCCCGAUAUGCUGCUGCUUCUCAAGUGACUUAAUCAUGAUGCCCCCCCCCCCCCCAUUAAACUCCUCCUGUGAUCGCAGAAGACGCCCGAGCUUUAACCUGAGAGCUCAAGAGUAACACGUCGUAUUAAUAUUUGCAGAUAUGCUUUAAACAAGCCACAGAAAGAGGGUCAAAAUGGACGAAUGUAUAUAUUUUCUGAAUGUAAUCAGUAAUUCAAAUCCAGGUGAUGACGGUCACCUCGUCCUCUUCAGACGGUAGGGACGGACGUACAUCUAUUCUAUGUUUCAACGUUUUUUACCGCAUUUUUGGUGAUUUUGGUGUAAAAUGAUGUUACAAUCAAACGACAUUUGGUUUAGAAUUUCGUUUUUUUUGCUCGGAUGUUAUAAAGUAUUUCUGAGAAGAUUGUGACUUUUUGCUCUUUAGAAAUAUACUAAAGAUUUUUGCCUUUUUCUAAAAACACAAAUCAAUCGGAGAAGCUCGCAUUACAAGUUUCUUAUUGAUUGAUUUUCUAAUUGUUUUCAACAUCAUUAGAAAGACAAAGUAAAACUACAAACACAGACACUGCCGUAUUUAAAAACUACAUUUGAAGGUAGAAAGAAAAUAAGAAAAUGUACUAUAAAUAUACUUUCCACAGGAAUAUGAAGUAAAUAUCCUUAAUUGAUAUAUUUAAAAAACGAGUCACGAGUUUGUUGUGAAGCAGGAAAAACCGGCCACACUUUGGUUUCCAACAAAUCAUAUUUUUGUCCAAAGAAAAGUUGGGAAUCAUUGAUUUAAAUAUCUUUAUAACGAAUCGUUGAAUUUUCCACCAGAAUCACCAAAAAGAAGCUCGGGUGUUUCUCAGGUCAGCCGGCGUCUUCUACGUCACCGUCAAAUCUUCACUUUCCUGAGCCUGCUUGUUCUUAAAGGUCCCCUAUUCUCCUCUUCUUCAUCAACAUAUCACAGGUCUCAGAUAUAUCCAGAGCCUGUCUCUGAUUGGCUGAAACACCAAACAGAUCAUUGCAGCAUUACCCAUAAUGCCCUCUGUUUCAGCCCUGUUUCCAAAGUGCUGAUUCUCUGUCUGUUACUUUAGAUGAAAACAAGGAGCCCCUCCCCACGCCCCUCUGAGAGACAUUUGGUUACAAAGAACUCAAUGGUGC